AUGCAUUUGCAAGAGAAAAUUAUCCAAUUAAAUGUUUUGUUUAAGGAAUCCGAAACUGUAAUCGAUGACUUACAAGCUUCACUCGUUGAAUUCCUCUUGGAACUUCAAAAAGACUUGGACCUAGACUUCGUUCAAGUUGAACGUAUAAGACAAUAUAUCAAUGACAGAGGCACCCUAUUUCGCUUCCUCAGACGAGCUGGUUUCGAUUUCGAUUCAGCCUUGAAAACUCUCAAAUCCGACUUACGAUGGCGUGUGGAAAAUAAGGUUGAUUCCAUUUCACUCGCCGACAUUCAUCCAUUAUUUGUUGAAAAAGGAUUAUUCUUUUUUCAUAAAACCGAUAAAUUUGGUCGUCCCUGUGCAGUUUUCAACUUGCGUGAAUACAAGCGUGACGAUGGAUCCCCUACUAUUGAAGAGGUGAAAAAAUUUAUCAUUUAUAACGCGGAAGUAGCCAGAAGGAUGCUAUUGGACAGAACCAGAGAAUCAAGAGAUGGACCGGUUCUGCAAUACGUAAUCUUAUUAGAUUUGAAAGGAGCCGGGGUUUCCACUUUGGAUAUAGAAUUGGUUCCUUUUACGAUCGACAUUAUGAGACACCAUUUUCCCGGUUCUGCAGGCUCAAUUUUCGUCUUAAAUUAUGGGUGGAUGUACUCGGGUAUUUGGCAAAUUGUCAAACGUAUCCUUCCCGAAGAAUCCCUAAACCGUAUUUUUUUCCCCUCGGAGAAGGAACUUUGGAGUUAUUUCGAUGAAGAAAAUGUGCUUAUAGAACAAGGUGGAAAAGAUACUUAUGAAUACGAUUCUGAAACUUGCGAUGCUUUCAGUUUUUACGGAAACCCGUCACCUGCCUUACAGAUGCCUUUGAGCAGAGCAACAUCUUUUGACUCUUUGCACGACGUAUUUUACUCGGCGCAUAAUACUCCAUUUCACAGUCGUCCAUCCACUCCAUUUUUCAGUAGACCAGCCACCCCGCAUGGAAGUCGUCCAGGCACUCCCAUUUCCAGCAGACCCGCAUCACCCGGUUUGGAUCACGUGGCCAUUCCGAAUUGUGUUUCUCCUAUGGCAUCUCCUAAUCUUCGAUUUACCGUCAUCGAUCAGGAAGUGCCCGCAUUAACGUCGCAUGACCCCCUUAAUCAAUAUACGCCUACAUUCAUGGUGGUUUUAUUACGAGGUGGACUAAUGGAUGAAUUCCUAAGAUUGGUUACACAACAGGUUACCAUGCAAUUGAGCUGGAAUGCAAGUACUGCGACGACUUUAACGACUGCAAUUUUAUCUGCUGCACUAAGUGGACGAAAUGGUAACCGUCUUUUAAGAUUGGAAUUAAAAGAAGUGAAUGAUAGUGAAGUUGAUAUAUAUGAGUUAUGA